CAACAACACAUUUCUAGGAGACAGAUAAAGAUAAAACAAGUAAUGGCGGAGAAAGAAGAAGUGAAGCUUUUGGGAAUAUGGGCGAGCCCUUUCAGCCGUCGGAUCGAGAUGGCUCUCAAACUCAAAGGCAUACCGUACGAUUACGUUGAAGAAAUACUAGAGCACAAAAGCCCUUUGCUUCUUGCACUCAACCCUAUCCACAAGAAGGUCCCUGUUCUUGUCCACAAUGGCAAAACCAUUCUCGAGUCUCAAGUGAUUCUUCAAUACAUCGAUGAGACUUGGAAACAGAAUCCAAUUCUCCCUCAAGAUCCUUACGAGAGAUCCAAGGCUCGAUUCUUAGCUAAACUCGUCGAUGAACAGAUUAUCACUGCGGGUUUUGUAUCAAUGGCAAGAGCAGACGAGAAAGGAAGAGAGGCUUUGGCGGAGCAGACAAGAGAACUGAUUGUGAAUCUGGAGAAGGAACUUGUCGGAAAAGAUUUCUUCGGCGGUAAGAGUGUCGGGUUCUUGGAUUUAGUUGCCGGAAGUAUGAUUCCGUUUUGUUUGGAGAGAGGUUGGGAAGGAAUUGGAUUGAAAGUGAUUACAGAGGAGAAGUUUCCAGAAUACAGCAGAUGGGUGAAGAACAUGGAGAAAGUUGAGGCUGUGAAAGAUUGUAUUCCUCCAAGAGAGAAGCAUGUUGAACACAUGAAUUAUAUGGGGGAAAGAAUCAGAUCCGCUUAGUCGAAAGUCAUAUUUGGUUCUGUGUUUCAAUGUUUUUAAGUUACUGUCAUGUUUGAACUUUGAACCUUGUUAUCUGUUAUUGUUUCUCAAAAAGCUUAUCUUUUUUCUUCUAAUAAACAAAUUCAUCUUAUAAAA